UGGUUCUGAUUGGUUGUUUUUGGUCAGAACGGCACAUUACGUUAGUUAACAAUAGUAGUUCAGGGAGGAGGUGGAGGAGAUUGUUUCUACAGAUUAUCUGUCUCAUAGCAAACCGUCUUAACAUGGUGACAACUUUAACAAAUUAUGGAGAUAGACUCAAGAAACUGUAACAGUAGUUGCACAGGAGGGACCCAAUUAAAUUUUUCAUCAUGGGGCCCAAGAUUCCUGGCAGCGGCCCUGAUUAGAUUACUUCUGUUUUAACAUAUUUAUAUUUUAUAGUGUGUUUAAUAGCUGCUAAAAUAUUAUUUUCAAAAGGUAAUAUUAAUCUGACAAGCCUGAUCAGGAUAUCCUGAUUUUUAUUGAGUUAGACUGUCUGGUGUUCACAUAGAAGUUUUGGAUUUAUUCUUAGCACUAGAAAAGGAAAGAAAAGAAAAGGCCUUCCACUCAGACUGGGUGCAUCAGCCCCCCGCUUCUCCUCAUCCCACCAUCUUGCAACACAAAGUUACACCCUUCUGUGGCACUAAAGAAAACCAUGCACAAGUCUUAUUGCAGCUCAAACUAUCCAGAGGGAUUUCUUUGGUUCUGGUUCUGUGCUGGCCCUGCAGAAUCCAUUGGUUCCUCUGAUGGGGAACACUAAUGAAAUGUGGAAGGUCUUUAGGGUUCUCCUUGGUGGUAGUUGAAACAAUCUGAUGUUCUGGUCUGGGUUCGGUUUGUUCUGCAGAGUUUCCUCUGGGGGUCCAUCCACCUGCAGAUGGAGGACGUGGAUUAUUACAGUCUGAAGUUCAAACAGAACGAGAUGGUCCUCUGUGUCAGGCUGACCAAUCCCAUCAUGCACCUGAACACCAGAAGUCACGUGGUGGAGCUGACCUUUGACCCUGAACACCAGCAAGAGCUGGAGGAGGCCGCAGGGAGAGUCUUCAAUGUACCUAAACAGGUGAGUCCAUCCGGCGCCGGAGGAGCGGUCCGGACCUCGCCCUCCUCAGACAUGGCUCGGUCCUACACCCGCAAGAAGCCGCCAAGCAAGAGUCAGCUGAAGAUUCUACCGCUGUCGUCUCCGAGCAGCGAGGAUGAGUCCACCUCACUGAAGCCUACGGCUUCAAACCGAGCUGAAGUUCUGUUUGACCGGAUCGUACACUCCACUCCUAAGUUCAGCGCUGCUUUCCAGCCACCGUUGGAUCCGCCUGAUGGAACCAAGGGUUCAGAAACUCACCUGUCUAACCUAGAGGAGCCCCCAUCAGGUGAUCUGCAGGGGGCGGAGCUUCAGACGACGCAGCACCUGACAGAGGGACUUGAAGAAGGAAGCAGCUCUCCCUCUAACAAGGAAAACCUGAGGAAAAGAGAAGCUUCAGAUUCAGGCUACCUGUCAGACCAGGCCGAGGGCGUCGCCCCCUCCAAGAGAAAGGCGGAGCCUCUGCAGGACUGGGCGGAGUCUGAGUUGCCAAUGAAAGGUAGUUUAAUGUUUAGUUCAGUUUGUUUAAUGUUUCUGAUGCUCACCUGGCUGCCCAGCAGAGGGGGUGGAGCUAGCUGCAGAGGAGGCUCUUCAGAGUGAGGGGCCGAAGCAGAAGGUGGAGCCAGAGUCACACCUGACAUCCGACAUCACUGCUGCGUUCAAGUCCUUCAAAGCCCAGCUGGAGCAGCG